UAUAUCUCUUCUUCUUCUUCUUCUUCUUCCUGAAUAUCAUGUGUUAGGGUUGGUGGCUUGUUUUGAGCAUCAUCGAUUUGGGCUGUCAGAAAUCUAAUCAUUUGGCUUUUUUGAUCCGCCUCAACAUACUUUCCAGAAGUCUAGAUCUUGUUGCAGAUGCCCAUUAGAAUUUAGUUCGUUUAAUUCUAUAUAAAAAAAGUUUUCUACCACUAGGUGACUUAGGGGGGCUUCUUUCUCUCCACAUUUGCACCUUUUUCUUCCCUUGAUCCCAAACCGGCCAAACGCCAUGCCGGUUAGGCCAGGAUCCCGAAUUGUUGUGCUUGAAAAUCGAACCAAUGAUGUGGUCGAAAUCAAAGCGGAUCAGGGCGGCUAUACUGCCGCUGCUUCAAUCCGCGUUUCAUCCGGCGGAACUGAAGAAUUCCCGGCUGCUAAAUUUUUAAAGGAGUACAGGACUUCGCUAACGCCUUCGACUCUGAAGGUUUAUAGAGGCGCAAAUUGGAUAGGCCGGACAUUGACACCGAGUGAUUUCACCUCCUACGUGAAAAUCAUCUUUAGCGAUUUACCAGAAGGACGCCUGAGGAUCUGCGGCAUUGAAGAACAGGCCACCGAUUUAGGUCGAUUUAAGGGCUUGGGUUCUCUGAUAGGGAGGGACUACAGGGGGCGGCCGGAGAAAGAGUUAUAGUAUGAACGCAAAGAUGAGGAUAUCAUAGUCUGGUAACUCCUUUUCUUUCCCUUAAUCACUUGGC